AUGCCGGUCUACGUGAUCUACUUUGUCCAUCGAUACUUGGACUUUCGGCUGCCCGAGCUUGACGCGGUCCUGGGACUUGCCGGCGUCGACGAUGUCCGCGCCUGCUACGACGUGCCGACGACCGACUCGCCGUUCCUCUUCAUCACCCUCCCGUCCGACGACGUGGCGAAGCGCGUCGCCGCCCGCUGCGCGCUCAUCAAGGGCAUCUACGCGUACAUCACGCACGCCGAGGGCGAGCAUGACUUGUACGAGAGCCUGCGCGCCAAGAUUGCCGCGCUGCCGGCGGCCGACCGCGCGGACGCGCAGCUCGACGACGACACGACGUGGAGCCUCCAAGUCGACUGCUUUGGGCAGCGAUUGCCACUCGACGAGCAGAACAAGCGGCGCCAUGAGGUCACGGACGCGAUUCCGCUGCUCGGCGACAUCCAGCUCAAGCAGCCGUCGCGGACGUACUGGCUCCUCGAAGAAAAAGGCGUCGGGCUCAACGCGACCCACGUGCGCCGCGUCUUCUUUGCGAGAUCCCUCGCCAUCAUCCGCCUCGUGGGCCGGGACUUUGUCGACAAGCACAAGAUCAAGAAGCGCAAGUUCAUUGGGCCGACGACCAUGGACCACGAGCUGUCGCUGGUCAUGGCCAACCUCGCCAAGGUAGGUCCUGGCACGAUCGUCUGCGAUCCAUUCGUGGGCACCGCGAGCGUCCUUGUCGCGUGCGCGCAGUUUGGCGCCAUGUGCAUCGGCGGCGAUAUCGAAAUGCAAGGGCUCUUUCGGAACGACAAUGCGACGAUUGCGAGCAACUUUGAACAGUACGACCUCCCGUGCCCCGACUUUGUGCAGUGGGAUCUAAGCCAGCGCGUGCUGUGCCCCAAGCCAUUCUGGGACGCGAUCGUGUGUGACCCGCCCUAUGGCCUCCGCGCGGGCGCCCGAAAAUGCUCGGCGAAUGCAUCAAAGAAGCCGUUCGAGCUCUACGCUCCGAGCUCGGUGCUCACAGACUUGCUGCAGUGGGCCGCCGCCCGGCUGGUCCGCAAUGGCCGCCUCGUGUACGUGCUCGCGUGCAAGACCGACCCGAAUGGCGCGUACAACGACCAGCUCCCGACGCACCCGUGCUUGGCCCCGCUCCAUGUGUGCGUGCAGCCGAUCACGCGCAAGUUCGUGCGACUCUUUGUGACGAUGGUCAAGGCCAAGGACAUGCGCGACGAGGACGUCUCGGUCGCUUCGACGCUCGACGUCGGCUGGUAG